GCGCCGUCGAAAGCCCUACGUAGUCUGUGGGCUCAUUCCAGGUUUCUCCGCUCCAGCACUCAACUUCGGUACAGUACAGACUCGGCCUGGAGAAUGGUGUUCCGACAGGUUUCGAUUUUGGCGGCGGUCCUGCCGGCAAUGGUCCGUGCCGGCGCCGACACGUACUACACCGGCAACGGCGCUGCGACCCCGCUCGGACAGGUCUCGGGCGGCACCUGCAAGUUCAUGUACGACGCCAACAUCGGCGAAAACUUCGCGGCGCUUAACGGAGCCCAGUGGGGAUCGGCGCUUAGCUGCGGCCGUUGUGUCGAGGUCUCGUGCGCCGACUCGCGAUGCGCUGACAAGACCAGCACCGCCACGCUUCACAUUGUCGACACAACCCCCGAGGGCAAGGAGGGCGACUUGAACCUGUCCCCGGCGGCGUUCAAGAAGCUGACGGGCAGCGACCCGUCCCAGUACAGCAUAAAGUGGAAGUUCGUGGACUGCCCUGCCACCGGCAACAUUCAGUACUGCGCCGACAGCCUCACUAACAGCUCGAGACUCGCCGUGCAGCCCGCCAACUUCGCGGAAAGCGUGGCGAGCAUGAAGAUUGCCGGCCUGGACGCGGCCCUUUCGGACACUGGCGCUUACUUCUUCCAGGUGAAGGGAGCGAACGCCGACUUGUCGGCGGUGGAUGUCGAGCUUACGUCGGCCUCGGGUAAGGUCGUCAAGGACAAGGUGGCGCUCACUGCGGGCGAGUGCAAGGAGGGAACGUCCAAGGUGGCGGCUAGAAUGCUCACGGAGGCCGAGACGUUUGACGACCUCAAGACGGGCAGCACCAACAACUACAAGGCCGGCAGAGUGGCUGCUGCGGACGAGUCGUCCAAGAAGGGCGUGUCCAUCCUGCAGUCUAACGAUGCUGCGGUUGACAAGACCCAGAUGGAGGCGAACACCAAGUCGGAGGACUCCGGUGCUUCCUCUACCGGCACGAGUCCGGGCAUCGUGACGCUCGUGGUGCUGGCUGCUGUUGGCUGCGUCGCCCUCGCGGUUGUUGCCGUCAGCGCCAAGAAGAGGAAGAUGAAGGAGAAGAGCAUCGACGACCUGGCUCGUCCGUUCGGCACGUUCAGCUCGCCCGUGCGCAUCAACUCGACCAUCGCCAAGAUCUAA